AUGUAUACACUCGAAGAAGUGCAAAAGCACAAAACGGCAGAUGAUCUCUGGAUUGUUUUACACAAUAAAGUUUACGAUGUGACCAAGUAUCUUGAAGAUCACCCAGGCGGGAGCGCCAUCUUGAUCGAAGUAGGCGGCAGUGAUGCCACCGAGGCUUUUGAAGAAACCGGCCACUCCGACGAAGCACGGGAUGAACUUGAAAAAUAUCAUAUCGGCGACUUGCCAAGUGAGGAGCAUGCCGAGACAGUUGAGGUCUACCGCCCAACCUACGAGCAAGUUGCCCAGAUAGCCGCUAUCGAUGUCAGCAAACCUUCAAAGAGCCAAUAUGGCUCUGCUCUCUAUGCCCUUUUCAAAUUCGGUCUUACCGGUGCCUUGGGAGUGGCAGCUUUUACUGCUUACAGACAUGGUUGGGGGCCGGUCCCCGCCCUCCAGUCGUUGCAAAAGAUCGGUGACCAUGCUGUGACUCUCUUCUACCGACGACCCAACUCAUCUGGUCAAUUUUGGUCUGGGUUUGGCAUUGCCAGCGUGGCACAGCUGUCGCUCACAAUGGGCUUAACAAUGUGGAUAUCUUCCAAAUUGGAUGUCCAGCAGGAGUUCACCCAUUACUCGCCCCAUCGAGCGACACGCUCUAAUAAGAUCAUCUUUCGUAAAAGACUUGAUGGACUCUCGCAUGGCGUUGCAGGCAAAGAGGCUAAAAAGACAUCGCCCCUUGAUCCCCGCAAAUGGGAGAGUUUUCCUCUCAUUCGCAAGGACAACGUGUCUCCCAACGUUUACCGCUUCGUUUUUGGCCUCCCAAAUGCGGAUGAUGUUCUGGGCCUCCCGACAGGCCAACAUAUCGCCUUGCGCGCAACAAUCGACGGACAACCUGUGUCACGAUCAUACACACCCGUCUCGAACAACACAGACCUCGGCCGUGUUGAGCUUCUUGUGAAAGUAUAUCCGCAAGGUCAAAUGACCAAACACCUGGAGUCCAUGGAAAUCGGCGACACUAUCGAUAUACGUGGACCCAAGGGCGCAAUGCAGUACAGCAAGUCAUACGCCAAACGUAUUGGUAUGAUCGCCGGUGGAACUGGCAUAACACCCAUGUAUCAGCUCAUUCGGGCAAUCUGCGAUGACGAUACCGAUUCAACACAGAUAAAUCUGCUUUAUGCCAACAAUACAGAGGAAGACAUACUACUUCGACAGGAAUUGGACGAGUUUGCACGAAAGUUUCCGAAAAAGUUCAAUGUGCAGUAUGUGUUGUCUCACGCUGCAGAGGGAUGGACUGGGCAUCGUGGAUUUGUUACACAAAAUCUGAUUCAAGAUUAUCUACCACCCGCGGAUGACAAUCACAAGGUUUUACUAUGUGGACCACCGCCUAUGGUUAAUGCUAUGAAGAAGGCAUUAUCAGGGAUUGGUUGGCAGGAGCCUGGUAGUUUGUCGAAGGCCACUGAUCAAGUAUUUUUGUUCUAA